AUGAAGAAAGUCCAGAAAGAGUUGGAAGAGAAAGUUGGGAUGGAAAGAAUGGUGGAGGAAUCAGACUUAGAGAGCUUGGAAUACUUAGAGAUGGUUAUAAAGGAAACUUUCAGACUCCAUCCAGUGGCUCCAUUACUACUCCCUCAUGAAGCAACGGAAGACGCUAUUAUUGAUGGUUUUCUCAUACCCAAAAAGUCGCAUGUUAUUAUAAAUGCAUGGGCAAUUGGAAGAGAUCCAAAAGCUUGGACUGAUGCAGAGAAGUUCUGGCCAGAGAGGUUCAUGGGGAGCAAAUUAGACAUUAGAGGAAGGGACUUUCAGCUUCUCCCAUUCGGCUCAGGCCGGAGGGGCUGCCCUGGAAUUCAACUGGGGAUGACUGUGGUUCGACUGGUGGUGGCGCAGCUGGUGCAUUGCUUCAAAUGGGAGCUCCCAAAUGAAAUGGUGCCAAGUGAUUUGGAUAUGACAGAGGAGUUCAGUCUAGUGACUUCAAGGGCCAACCAUCUCCACGCCAUUCCUACUUAUCGUCUUCACAUCUGA